AUGGCCCCAUCAAACGCGGACCCACGCGACAACGUUCCUGAAGAGAGGCCGUCGGAUGGAGAAAAGCAGUCCUCCAUUUCCAGAACUCCAUCCGAAGAAUCUUUGGGCACUCAGCAGCGAGAAAAAGCCAGAGCAGAAAAAGCAGCUGCAAUUUUCCGUGCUUGCGACGAGGGCAACGUAGAAGCAUUGGUCUCGUAUGCUACCAGCGAAGGUGGAUUAUUGGAGGAUGAAUUGAGGCAAAGAGCAUGGCCGAUUUUCUUACAAUGCGACACAAAGUCACAAUCAGAGGACCUCAAACCUUUGAAAGACCUCCCCCCACAUGCCGACGAGGACCAGGUACAGCUCGAUGUCAACCGUGCUUUUGUCUAUUACCCCAAUGUUCCCGAGGAAGAUCUCUUGAAAAAGAAAGAUCAAUUAUCAGACCUGAUCAUUCAAAUUCUCAGGAACUAUCCUAUGUUAUGCUACUUUCAGGGAUACCAUGACAUCGUUCAAGUCCUACUUCUAGUCCUUGGUCGCCAGAAUGCUGCAUCGGCCAUGGCUCACCUAUCACUCUUCCGAAUCAGGGACUAUAUGCUACCCUCGCUCGCGCCAGCGUUGAAACAUUUACAGCUGAUCCCCGCAAUCGUCGGAACGAUUGACCCUGCCUUGUGGCGACACCUCGCAAAUAUUCAACCCUUCUUCGCCCUGGCCGCGACCCUCACACUCUAUGCUCAUGAUAUUCAAGAGUACAGCGACAUUGCCCGUUUAUUCGACUUCCUUCUUGCUCGAGAACCGGUGGUAGCUAUUUACCUCUUCGCGGCCAUUAUCCUCUCUCGAAAGAAGGAGCUGAUGAACAUCCCUGUGGACGAACCCGAGAUGCUUCACUUCACAUUGUCCAAGUUGCCAUGUCCACUCAAUCUAGAUGGGUUGAUUUUAAGUGCCGCCCAACUCUUCAAAGAUCACCCUCCAGAGUCGUUACCCCUCGGGGCAUGGAGACGAGUUCCCAGUUGCAGUGUCCUCAAGACAUCUCGUGACUCCUCUCGUCCCUACAAUGUCGAUGAAGCCAUACAAAUGUUCCAUCAACAGGCUCGGCAAAUGCGGAAUGAGGAGCGCCGGAAGCAAGCUCUCGAAUUCGGCUGGAAGCACAGGAGGGCGAUAGGAUCUGUGGCAUUGGCGAUUCUCGUUGGUGCUGUAUCCAUCUACAUCCGAAAAAGGGGAUUUGACUCUUCGAUAUGGUCCUAUGUCGGCCGGCUACAGGCCAUCCUCAAGGGCUAG